UCACAUAUUUAUUUUAGAAAUCAUUUUAUGUAUUUUAGAUACCCGUCUGUACUUUGAAAACAACCGUGGUAGCUUGAAAGUCAAAGGAUCAAAGAAACACACCGUAAAAAAGAUGUACAAAUAUUCUCAUAAGUAUAACAAUAAAUAAGGCUAACCUUAGCCAGUUAGAAACAUAUUAUAUGCCAGACACUGUGCUGAGAACAAGGAAUUCCAAAAUACAUUAAUGGAAGACUGUGGGAGUUCCCGCUGUGGCUCAGUGAAAGGAACCUGACGAGUAUCCAUGAGGAUGCAGGUUGGAUCUCUGGCCUGGAUCAGUAGGUUAAGAUUCUGGGGUGGCCGUGAGCUGUGGUGUAGGUCACAGACCCAGCUGGGAUCCCACAUUGCUGUGACAGUGGGUAGGCCGGCAGCUGCAGCUCAGAUUGGACCCCUAGUCUGGGAACUUCCAUAUGCAUGUGCAGCACUGGAAAAAAAAAAAAAAAUCUACUCACUUAUGAUGGAGCAAGAUAAUGUGAGAAAAAAGAAUGUAUAUAGGUAUGUGUAACUUGGUCACCUUGCUGAACGGUAGAAAACUGACAGAACACUGUAAACCAGCUAUAAUGGAAAAAAUAAAAAUCAUUAUUAAAAAAACAAAACAAAACUGUGUCUGAUCCCUCGCCCAGGACCUCCAUAAGCUGAAGGGCAGCAAAAAAAGAGAGAGAAAGAACACUUUUUUUUUUUUUUUUUUGCUUUUUAGGACCGUAUCAGUGGCAUAUGGAAGUUCCCAGGCUAGGGGUCGAAAUGGAGCUGUAGCUGCCAGCCUACCCACAGCCACUGUCACUAGGGAUCCCAGCUGUGUCUGUGACCUGCAUAGAAACUCACGGCACCAACUCCAUCCGGAUCCUUAACCCACUGAGCAAGGCUAGGAAUUGAACCUGCAUCCUCUUGGAUACUAGUCAGGUUUGUUUCUGCUGAGCCACAAUGGGAACUCCCCCUUCUAUUACUUUUAAAAAUAAAAGAAAGGGGAAAGAGAGAAAUCUCAGUGCAGUUCUUCCAAACGCAAGCAGCAGGUGUCCAUCUGUCAGGCUUCAUUAAACCAAGUAGAGAUUUUUCAUUUUCGAAAUGGUCCCUUAGGGUCCUUAGCGCUUUUUCCUUGUGAAACAUUUACAGAAAACAUACAUUUAAAGAGAAUUAAAGCAGAAAAGUACAGGAAUCCAAGUAAAACACCACCUCCAUCCUCUUUUGGGAAAGAUGGUCUACAUUACCCUUUCCAUAUAAGAGAAAAAGAAAAUGUAGGGUUGAAGUAAAACAUUCAUGCUAGGCCAGUUAGAGCUAGAAAUGUAGUUUUGUGAUAGCAGGAGAGGGAACCUGCCUGGCGUUUGGUUGUGACUUAGACUAUAUACCAGAGCUUUCCUUCCCAUUUAAUGAACUUCAUAUGUUCGUAAAAUUCAAAGACCAAAGAACAGUCUUUCCUGUGUAUUAUUCAGAGUAGUCUAGCAUAUAUUUCUCAAGAUUGGACUGCAAAUCCCUCACACAGAAAUCAUCAGAGAAAUUUGGUCAAACAGACUCCCACUAUCCAUACCAGAUUUACGGAUUCAAAAUCUCUGGUAUUUUGGACCCAGGUAUUGGCACUUUAAAGAUCAAAACAGGUGAUUCUUAUGCACACCAAAGAUUUCGAAAAUAAACCCUGUAAUCUUAGCCUUUCACCACACUGUUACCUCUGUUUGCACACUUCUGCACCAGAAAACAAGAGUUACUCGGUAUCUUGAGAGCAAGUACCACAGGUUGGCAAGAUUCAGAGUUAUGGCCUCUGUGAGGUGAUGGGGGUUUUCCCUAAGUUCUGCUCAUUCCUGGUGAAUUCUAUAUUCAAUUUGGGGAAAAAGAGGAAAAGGGUUUUCGGGUACUCAAAGACUUAAUGUCCUCUGGAUCCCAGAGAUCCUGCAGCUUAAUAUCAGGUUUCGGGACGCGUUCAGCUAAUAAUGUCUCCGGCCGGCCGCCGUCACCCAUCGAAUGAAGCAACGCGACGUGCUGUCUGGCGGCGGUCACUCGACUGCAAGAUGGCGGCCCCCAGAAGCUGGGCUCUAUGGAGCUUCUGCUGCUGUCGAUUGUCGCGGGUGAUGCCGGGCUGCAGAAUUCCUGGGCUUCGUAGCUCGUGGCCCAGGAGCCCGCUGGGUGCACGGCCUCUCUCCCAAGAGAAGCGGGCAACGGAAACGCACUUCGGGUUUGAGACUGUGUCGGAAGAGGAAAAGGGGGGCAAAGUCUAUCAGGUGUUUGAAAGUGUGGCCAAGAAGUAUGAUGUGAUGAACGAUAUGAUGAGUCUUGGUAUCCAUCGUCUUUGGAAGGAUUUGCUGCUCUGGAAGAUGCACCCGUUUCCUGGCACCCAGCUGCUCGAUGUUGCUGGAGGCACAGGUGACAUCGCAUUCCGUUUCCUUAAUUAUGUUCAGGCGCAGCAUCAGAGAAAGCAGAAGAGGCAGUUAAGGGCCCAACAAAAUUUAUCCUGGGAAGAAAUUGCCAAAAAGUACCAGAAUGAAGAGGAUUCCUUGGGUGGUUCUCACGUCAUGAUCUGUGACAUCAACAGGGAGAUGCUAAAGAUUGGAAGACGGAAAGCCUGUGCCCAGGGAUACAAAGCUGGACUUGAUUGGGUAUUGGGAGAUGCUGAAGAGCUACCCUUUGAUGAUGACAAGUUUGAUGUUUACACCAUUGCCUUUGGGAUCCGGAAUGUCACACACAUUGAUCGGGCACUCCAAGAAGCCCAUCGGGUCCUGAAACCAGGAGGACGGUUCCUGUGUUUGGAGUUUAGCCAAGUGAACAACCCCCUCGUAUCCAGGCUCUAUGAUGUAUAUAGCUUCCAGGUCAUUCCUGUCCUGGGAGAGGUCAUUGCAGGAGACUGGAAGUCCUACCAAUACCUUGUAGAGAGUAUCCGACAAUUCCCAUCUCAGGAGGAGUUCAAAGAGAUGAUAGAAGAUGCAGGUUUUCAGAAGGUGACUUAUGAAAAUCUAACAUCAGGCAUUGUUGCUAUUCAUUCUGGCUUCAAGCUAUAACUCCUUUGAGAUCCUGGAGCAUGAACCAGUCACAUCCUAUCAAAACUCUGGAGCUGAAGGAUAAUCUGGAUUAGUGAGACCAGCAGCAGAACAUCUCUGAAGGCUGUGUGCCUUGAACUCAUGUUCUGAUGUGACCAAUCUUGAAGUGAAAGAAGCAAGUUCCUCUCAUUUUAUUGCAGUUUUCCUUAGGGGCUGCUUCAGUCCUUCUUCCAGAGAUAUUUGGCCUAUACUUUUUGCUUAACUCGUACUAAUUUUUCUUGACUGUGCAGCAUGUGAUUAAGGUAAAACCAGCACUAAAAUUUAGUUUUGAAGUGUAUUUGUAGCUUUUCUGCCAGUGUUGCCUUCCUGAGGGAUAAUGAAUCAUUUGAACCCAAUAAGGAUUAGAACCAGAAAACUUCCUAGCUGUACCUGAGUCCACCUUUCAGCAUAGGACUCAGUCUGGGGCCAAAUGCCAAGGCCCAAACUAGAGGGCUAAGGAUUAUAGCUAAAAUUAUGCACUGAAGCACUAAAUGAGUUUACAGUUUGCGUGGUAUUUGCCAUUUUUUCUUGGGGGAAGGGGCAGUUGAAAUAAAUGUACUUUUAUCAUCA